GUUAGGCCGCGGGUAGGGUUCGCCCACUAGCGGAGACACUCCGUACGAGAUAGGCACGCGCGCUCAUGGAGCCACUCGUGCGAUCCCCCGUCACAUCGCCGCCGGCGAUCGCCGGAGCAGCGUCGCCAUCCCCGUCCCGCUCCCUCUCCCGCAGAAGAGCCCCUCCGGACGCCGCGGCCUUCCCUAAGCCCUGGGUGAUCCCUUCCUCCAGCGUCAAAUCCGCCGCGUGCUUGCAGCUGCAGCAGGCGCGCGCUCCCCGCCGAUGCGCGCGGCUCCUCGCCAGCGCCGCCGAAGGAGGACGAAGAGGGGAGGAGGGCUCUCCGGCCUCCUCCAGUGAUGCGGAUGACCAGGCGGAAGCCUUGCCCUUCCUCGAGAGUGAUAGCCAUCAUACGCAAACAAGUAAACAUGGUGAGAGUGGUGGGAGCAACUCUGGUGGAUCUAGAGCCGGCCUAUUCAGAACACCAAUUUCAGGGGGCGUACACACUGCGACUUCUGUUCAUGAUUUACCCCCACCGGCUCGAGCUGUUCGCAAUCUGAUGGAGCAGGCACGGUUUGCUCAUCUGUGUACUGUCAUGUCUCGGAUGCAUCAUCGACGUGCAGGAUACCCGUUUGGUUCUCUAGUGGAUUUUGCACCUGAUCCAAUGGGACACCCCAUUUUUUCACUGUCCCCUUUAGCCAUCCACACAAGGAAUCUUCUGGAAGAUCCGAGGUGCACAGUCGUUGUACAGGUGCCUGGAUGGAGUGGACUGUCAAAUGCACGUGUAACAAUUUUUGGUGAUGUUGUUCCCUUGCCUGCUGACCUGCAGGAAUGGGCUCAUCAACAGUAUGUUUUGAAGCACCAACAGUGGGCAUCCCAUCAGUGGGGCAACUUUUACUAUUACAAAAUGCAGACAAUAAGUGACAUAUAUUUCAUUGGAGGUUUUGGCACUGUUGCUUGGUUAGAUGUGAAAGAAUACGAGGCUCUCAAACCUGAUAAGAUUGCGACUGAUGGUGGGGAGCAAAGUUUAAAGGAACUUAAUGCAAUGUACUCAAAGCCUUUGAAAGAGCUUUUAUCAACCGAAAUAGAGGUAGAUGAUGCAGCUCUUAUAUCAAUUGAUAGCAAAGGUAUUGAUAUACGAGUUCGACAAGGUGCACAGUUCAACAUCCAGAGGAUAGCCUUUGAGCUGCAUUACAGCGUAGAAACACUUGAAGAAGCCAAGGAAGCGAUUAGGAGGAUAUUAGGCAAAUCAAGAUGGCAUGCCAAAUUUUAGACUUCCUUCAAAUCUGAAUGAUGAAUUCAUGGAUGGAAACUAUCAAGCGCCUGAAUCCUGUAAAAUAUUUGUAUAUACUCAUGUAAUUUUUGACUUUGUGGUGUGCCAGAUGGAAUAAGGGAAUUCCAUUUCACUCUUGUGUUACAAGGGCCUAAAAGGCCUGAAGACUAAGGAUAGAGUCAAAUGUUAUUAGCUUCUGUACAGUCAAUUCACUUCUAGUGCUGGGUUUGAUAGGAAACGAAGUACAUGCAGCUAACAAAAUGUAAUAUCCAAAAAUGGUUUGACAAUUGAGAUUAUGCAAGUCUAUUUUAUAGAUGUUGCUCAGGUUUAUGA